AAGAUGUAUGAGAGCACACCUGUCAUUCGCCCGGCUGAACAGCCUACAGCAGUGAUGGCUCGUUUGGAUUUGACGAUCCUCUUACUCAUGUUGUCUGUGCAGUUGGAGGUCACAGACGCCUCUCUGACACAAUUCCAUGGGUCAACAGCCCCUGGAGACAUCAUCAUUGGAGGUCUUUUCCCCAUCCAUGAGGCAGUGACGACAGUGAACCUCACAAGCUCAAACAGCUUCUCUGCUCCUCAGCGUCCCACCUGCAGCACAUUCUAUACAAAAGGUCUAAAUCAGGCUCUAGCUAUGAUUCAUGCUGUGGAAAUGGCAAACAGAUCCCCCAUGUUGAGCAGUUUGAACAUUACUCUUGGAUACCGCAUCUAUGACACAUGUUCUGAUGUCACAACUGCACUUUGGGCCAUCCAAGAUCUCACACGGCCUCUCUCAGACUGUGAUUCACCAACAAACUCUUCUCAACCUGUCCGGCCUAUAAUGGCGUUAAUUGGGACCACUUCUUCGGAGAUCUCCAUCGCAAUUGCCAGAGAACUCAACCUUCUGCUGAUUCCACAGAUUAGUUACGGAUCCACAGCUACGAUUCUAAGUGACAAAAGUCGUUUCCCAGCUUUCAUGAGGACCGUCCCCACUGAUGAGUACCAAACCCAUGCCAUGGUAAAACUUCUGAAGGACAAUAAAUGGACCUGGGUUGGCAUUAUCAUUACAGAUGGAGACUAUGGGCGUUCUGCCAUGGAAAGUUUUGUUAAGCACACCGAAACCGAGGGAAUAUGUGUGGCUUUUAAGGUGAUCCUACCAGACUCCCUAGCAAACCAACAAAAAUUAAACGCCUACAUCAACAAGACCGUGGACAUCAUUGAAAAAAAUGCGAAGGUUAAUGUGGUGGUCUCAUUUGCUAAAUCAUCUCAAAUGAAGUUGCUUUUUAAGGGUCUACAGAGCAAGAAUGUUGCAAGUAAUAAGGUAUGGGUGGCCAGCGAUAACUGGUCAACUGCUAAAUAUAUUCUGAAAGAUGUAAAACUCUCAGAUAUUGGAACAGUACUUGGCUUCACCUUCAAGAGUGGAAAUGUUACACGCUUUCAUCAGUACCUUAAGGAUCUACAGUUUGAAAGUGAAGAUGAGAUGAACAAUUCAUUCCUGAAGGAAUUUUUAAAACAGCCUUAUAUAGGAAAUGUUACAAACGCAGUACAGGAACUGAUCAUGUAUUCGGACUUGGUCUUCAACAUUCAGAUGGCAGUCAGUGCUAUUGCUAAUGCUGUGGCAGAACUUUGCCUAAAAAGACAAUGCAAAACCCCAACAGCUAUCCAGCCCUGGGAGCUCCAUAGACAGUUGUCGAAGGUCACUUUUGAGAAAGAAGGAGUAAUGUACAAUUUCGAUGAGAAUGGCGACAUUAAUUUGGGCUAUGAUAUCCUCCUAUGGGAUGAACACGAAUCUGAAGGACAUGGCAAAAUAGCAGAAUACAAUCCAUCCUACAGCAAUUUUACUUUUACAACCAAGAAUCUAAGUGAUUUUAAGAACGUGACAUCUAAGUGUUCAGAGAGCUGUCGGCCAGGGGAGUACAAAAAAACAGCAGAGGGUCAGCACACUUGCUGUUACGAGUGUCUCGCCUGCGCGGAAAACCAAUAUUCCAACCAAACAGAUGCAGAUUCAUGUUCCAAGUGUGACCCCAAGAGUAUGUCAAUCUAUAAUAGUUCACAAUGUCAUCUCAAGACGUAUGAGUACUUUGAGUGGAAUAGUGGGUUCGCUAUCGUUCUGUUGACGCUGGCUGCCUUCGGCGUCCUCCUCCUCUUCUUGAUGUCUGCACUGUUCUUCUGGCAAAGGCACUCUCCGGUGGUAAAGGCUGCAGGCGGACCCCUUUGUCAUCUGAUCCUUUUUUCGCUGCUGGGAAGUUUUGUCAGUGUCAUUUUCUUUGUGGGUGAACCGAGGGAUGAGACGUGUAGGGUGAGGCAGGUCAUCUUUGGUCUGAGCUUUACGCUGUGUGUCUCAUGCAUCCUGGUCAAGUCCUUGAAGAUUCUUCUGGCAUUCCAGAUGAACCUAGAGGUGAAGGAGCUACUGGACAGGCUUUACAAGCCGUAUGUGAUCAUCUGCAUCUGCACGGGGCUGCAGAUCAUCAUUUGCGCUGUUUGGCUGACCUUGUACACGCCUUUUAAACACAGCGCAGUGCAGCCCAAAGUCAUUCUGCUGGAAUGCCAAGAAGGUUCAAGUUUGAUGUUCGGGUUAAUGCUGGGAUACAUAGCUUUGUUGGCACUUAUAUGUUUCACGUUUGCUUUUAAAGGCAGAAAACUUCCGCAGAAGUAUAAUGAGGCCAAGUUCAUCACAUUCGGUAUGCUCAUCUACCUCAUGGCCUGGGUCAUCUUCAUCCCUGUGCAUGUCACCACCAGUGGCAAAUAUUUACCUGCUGUGGAGGUGGUUGUUAUUCUUAUUUCAAACUACGGAAUCCUGAGCUGCCACUUUCUGCAGAAAUGUUACAUAAUUCUUUACAAAAAGGAGCACAAUACCAAAGACGCAUUCAUGAAGAAUGUAUAUGAAUACGCUAGGAAGAGUGCUGAGAACAUCAGGGGCUUGGGUGGAACUGAGCCACCGAGUAAAACGGAGAAUUCAGCCUACAUCAUAUCCAAUCCAUCACUUGUGCCUGAGGAGGAACAAGUUUCUGAUACCACACCUUAA